GGCCACCAACGUUGACCGCCAAGAAAGGCACUUGGCAUAUCCAGUAAUUCCUUUCGUUCUACGAUGAUGCCGCCGCUCGCCGAGCAUCCAAAAUCUGAUAUCAACACACAGCAGAAGGGCUUCUUGAUGCGGCUCACCCGUUCCUUAGAAUUGGCGUGCGUACCUGUCAGGCGCAGCACUCGAUGUGGUGCACAGCAUAUCGGUUCGGAGCCAAGUCACCCUCUCCCAGAGGCUCCAGCGUCAGAGGGUCCACCCCGUGGUCGCUGAUCUGUCGGAGGAUGGCCGACAGCUCGUAGCAGUGCCCUGCGUGGGUGAGAAGCAACGGGUGAGAGGAAAUGGUCAGCUUCAAGAUGCAUACCUGAGGGUGUGAUGACGGGAGUGCGCGGAACGGCCAAUGAGAUGGGACACCGCUCCACGGAGGCCGGAAACUCAUGGUCAGGAACUGCAUGCAUGAAACCCCAUUAAUCGCAAACCAGGCAAACAAAUAGCCCAUCCAUACCGCCCCCUUGCUGUUGGUUACUCACCCGUUCACUCACCUUUAUCGAGUACUUCUCUGAUGAGAGCAGCGUCCACACCCCGGAAGCGCACUCUCCUAUAAGGUGCGGGGCGGGGAGCUGGAGGGCGGGGAGCGAGAGGGUGUGCGGCAGCGCCGGCCGCGGCGGGAGGCUGAGGAGCUACUGCGGCAUGAGCAGCGCCCGCAGGACGCUGAGCCACGUCAGCGUUUUGAGCGUUCAGCCGGCGCAGCGCCCAUGGGCGCAGCGCUGGAACAAGGCUGCACAGCUUCAGAAGGAUUCCCUCCAAGAUCCCCAACUUGGACCCCAAGAAGAUCCACAAACAGUACAAAAAGCCGAUCAACAGGAGUAUCACAAUUUCUAUCACCAAGAGCAUGAAGGAAGACAAGGAACGCAUCAAGGACCCCCUCCAGUCCGCCGGAAGGAGCGCUGGCUUCAAACAUCUGCAUGAUCUGCAUGUUUCCCUCGUUAAUUAGCUGGAUCUUGCGCUGCUCCGCUGUGCCAGCCACACAGACACACAAACACACAUAUGCACAUACACACGGACGUGCGAAUGAAACAAGACACACGCAAACGGUCUUUCUGGCAGUGCUCACCUCGCCGUAUGCGGAUGAUCACCCAUAGGAUGAUCAGCUCUGGUGGGUCGGCAAGUGCGCCUCGUCUUGUCUGUUGAUGCCAACACCGUUCAGGGAAGAGAUCUUCCACCUCCGUUCUCAU